UCCAGGCACGCCAAACGUGUUCAAGCUGUCAAGCCGUAGUGUUGUUAGAAUCGCUUCUUCAUGCCUAAAUUGGCAGGUUUUGCGUCAUGGACCAUGUACGCUGCCCUCGCUAUCGCUAUUAUUUUUUGCAAUUGGAUUAAAAAGUCAGAAUCUGCUGGGACAAAAUGCUACAGUGGAUCUUCUGCAAUGGAUAACAAAGUAUGUGAUUUGCCAAUGACUUGGUAUUCUGAUGGAAACACAUGUUCUUGGGUUCACUAUCUCUGUACUGUUAAUUCAUCAGACUUUGCUGAACAGACUAUUAAUGCACUUAAUUAUGACUUACAACUCGCCGAAAUUGAUCUUGCAAAUCCUAAGCACUAUCCUACUCAGUACAACCCAACUAAUGGUGAGAUAUUCGAUUUCAUAGUAGUAGGUGCUGGAUCUGCUGGAACUGUACUUGCCAACAGAUUGACCGAGGUCAGUGAUUGGAAAGUGUUAUUACUUGAGGCAGGAGGAAACCCAACCAAAGCCACGGAAGUCCCACUUUAUGUCAACUCUCUGCAGACUCCUGACUUGGACUGGAUGUACAAAACAUAUCCUAGCCCUUACAAUUGUCUGGGGAUGGUCAACAAAAGUUGUAAAUGGGCAAGGGGAAAGGUCUUGGGAGGGAGUAGCACCAUUAAUCACAUGAUGUACGUUCGGGGGAACCACAGAGAUUAUGAUAAUUGGGCAGAAAAUGGGAAUGACGGUUGGAGCUAUCAAGAUGUUCUUCCUUACUUUAAGAAGUCUGAGGACAUGAGGUCUGUAGAAAUCUUAGCAACAGAAGAUGCAGGAGUGUAUCAUGGAACUGGAGGCUAUUUGAAGGUGGAGUCCUGGAAUACACCAGAAGUAGAUAUUUUAAUGGAGACCUUUGGAAAAGGAAUGGAAGAAGUAGGUUACUCAUUUAAUACUGAUUACAAUGGACAGCAUCAGACAGGGUUUACCAAAACCCAAGGGACUAUCUUGGAUGGAAGGCGCUGCAACACGGCUAAGGCUUUUCUAUCUUCCAUCAAGGACAGGCCAAAUCUUAAAGUGUCAAAAUAUUCUUUGGCAACCAAAAUAUUAAUUGAUAAAAAUCUGUCCCGAGCAUAUGGUGUGCACUUUAUCAAUCAUAAAGGUGAAAGUAUUGAAGUGUAUGCAAAAAAAGAAGUUAUACUAUCAGCAGGUGCCAUUAAUUCACCUAAACUUCUCAUGCUCUCUGGUAUUGGACCAGCUCAGCACCUAGAAGAGUUAGGAAUUCCAAUAAUAAAAAACUUAUCUGUUGGGGAAAAUCUUCAAGAUCAUGUUUUUAUGACAGGCAUUCCAUUGACCGUUGAUUAUGACCUUCCAUCGUUUUCACAGGUUAAAAGUAUGUUUGACUUUUUAAUGAACAGCACUAGUCGGCUGUCAUCCUUGUCCACAAUUCCAUAUGUAACAUUCAUUAACACCUUGACAGGAGUUGACCCACCUGACUUUCAACUCAUCAAUGUUGGAUUUGGCAAAAACGACUCAAUAGAUUUGCAGGGACUUUUGGCAUUAUUUAAUCAUCAAGACUACAUAGUGAAUGAAUUCAUCAAGAUAAUAGAAAAUUCUUUUACAUUUGUUUUGCUUCCUACUCUUAUUACUCCACAAAGUAGAGGACGAAUUCUUCUUCAGGACUCAGACCCAGAAGUGGAUCCAAUAAUUAUUCCAGGGUAUUUCUCAGACAAAAGUGACAUCGAGGCAUUCUUAAGAAUUUAUGAUUUUUUGUCACUUUUCACGCAGACUGAUGCUAUGAAGAAUAUUAAUGCCACUCUACAUGAGAUUCGAAUCUCAGCAUGUGAAAUAUAUACGUUUUCUUCAUCAGAAUACCGAGAAUGCGCCCUGAGACAUUUGACAGCGUCAGCUUAUCAUUAUGCAGGCACCUGCAAGAUGGGCCCCUCCUCAGAUUACACAGCUGUGGUAAACCCUGACCUCAAAGUUCAUGGCAUUCAGGGGUUAAGAGUAAUUGAUGCUUCAAUAAUGCCCACUGUUGUAAGAGGAAACACAAAUGCUGUUUGUGUCAUGAUUGCUGAAAAAGCAUCAGAUCUUGUUAAGAACACAUGGCUAACUGAAGAAUAAAAGGAUCCAUUGUAAGUGUGUUUUAUUAUUGGAAUUUAACAGCAAAUUAUUUUAAGCUGAUUGCAACCAUUGAAUACUGUGAAUUCAUACGUUAAUCAAGAAAAUAUGUAAAAAUAAGUAUAUAUGAAUUGAUUCAUGCCAGUUUAAAAUUAUUGCUCAUGUAAAAUAAAUAAAAAUUGUUUAUUUAUCUUCAAAAUAAAUUGUUUAUUUA